GAAACAACUCAACGACACCUAAACCACUUACAUCCAUCGAAAUGCAAUCCAUCAAGGACCAGUCUGCCGUUUCCGUUGUCGAAAUCUCCCCCGAGAUCGAUAUCCACGCGACCAGCACUUCCGCUGUCAACGCUGCCAUCGAGGUCUUUACCAUCGAGGAGGGCCACGUUACCAUCCCCAACGAACUCUGCCCCCUCGAGGUCCUCUUCAGCACCCUCCGCAAGGUCUCGGACGUCUUCAACCUUGACAUCUGCGCCGAGGUCGACCUCAACUGCCGCAAGAUUCUCCACCGUCUUCUCCAGUCCAUCUUCGACACAAACACUCAGUCCUUCCUUGAGCAGGAGACGUCCGAGAUCUUUGCUCACCUCAGCGCCAAGCAAAAGGCCCGCAUCCUCGCUCAGGCCAUCGCCACCUUUACCAUCAUCUUCCAACGUCUGGCCGAGGCUGGCGAAAAGGUCACCUAUGGCGUCCUCAACCGUGAGGCUCAGCUGUUUGCCGAGAGCGAGCAGCGCACAAUGAUGCAAGAUGCUAUUGAGGGCAACCCCAUCUUUGAGGACUGCAAGAGGAAGAGUGACAUUGCCGAUGCCAUCCUCGAGGCCCUCGACGCUGACGAGUCGCCCGCUUCUCCUCAGCUCGUUGCCGCUGACGACAAGGUCGACUUUACUUUCUCGCCCGGUGCAGCGCUGGAGCACAAGAACAUGGGUGUGCCCUGGGGAUUCACCGUCAUGGCUCUCAACUAGAUAUAUCUGACGAACAAGUUUCACGACCGCGGAGUUUCAGGCGUUUCGGGGAACAAUUGGAGGAAUACGAAGGAAACUCCCACUGGCAUUUGUUUUAGCGCGGCGCUCAUAAAGUGCCAAGGCCUCUUUUUGAUCUAGAUGGCAUCAUCAUCAUUCAGAUUCCAUAGGAUAAACAACUCAACUCAUGAUCUAAUCG